AUGAACAAAAGAUUUAAAUCUCUAUAGAAUUUUCCCAUAGAUGGCGCAGUUUGCCUUUGAUUUGCCCACUGUGAAAACUUUUUGGUUCGAUCAGUACCAUAUGGUUUGGUCAAACCAAAAAAAUUUCUUCAAUGGGCAAAUCAAGGGCAAACAGUGCCAUCUAUGGGAAAAUUCUAUAGAUUCUGAGCAUUCUUUUUCCCCAAAAUCCCAAAGAAAACUCAUAAUUAGGAUACCAACUGAAGAAGAUAAACUAGAGAACACAAACAGUUCAUUUGAUGACCUUAAUAGAAGGAAGUCUUUUUAUCAUUCGAUUAUUAGGACUAAAAGGAAAAAGGAGCUCUUUCAAAGCAACCAAUUUAUUGCUAGAAGAUGCUCAGGAAUUAAAGAGCCUUAUAAGUUUCCACCUUCAACAAAUCCACAUCAUAUGAAUUUCCGAGGAUUUUGUAGGAAGCAUUCUUUUGAUUCACCAACAAAGCUCAGAAGGGAGACUUCAGUUGAGCUGAAGACAAUUCCUUAUGAGUUUUCAGGACAAAUGUUAUCAAAUGCGAUCACAACUACACCAAAGCCAAUUAAGAUGAAGUUAUCAAGUAGGAGUGAAUAUAGAGAGCUAAUUAAAUCGAAAAAUAGCAUAAAAAUGCAGCUGAGGGAAGUUUUUUUUUUUCGAGAAUAG